AGAGUGAGUGCGUGACUCGCAAAAGAUGUAUGGUCUGGACCAUUGGUGACGUAAGCGAAAAACCCCUUAAACCCUUCCCAUUCCAAACUCUGAAUUCAUUCUGUGCAAAACCCUAACCACUUGGGUUACGAAAUUUCCGCUAAGAGGCAGCGCAAUGGAGGAACAGAGUGAAGCACCGGACAACAGAGAACUCUACGCACUCUUGAACUUGUCCCCGGAAGCAUCCGAUGAAGAAAUUCGCAGAGCGUAUCGUCAAUGGGCGCAAGUUUAUCACCCCGAUAAAUACCAAGCUCCUCACAUGAAAGAUAUUGCUACAGAGAACUUUCAGCGCAUUUGCGAAGCGUAUGAGAUUUUGUCAGAUCCAAAUAAAAGGCAAAUAUAUGAUAUCUAUGGCAUGGAAGGGUUGACUUCUGGUUUGGAACUUGGUCCGAGGCUGAAUAAAGCUGAAGAGAUCAAGGCAGAGCUUGAGAGACUGAAGAGGAUGAAGGAACGGGAAAAAAUGGAAGCGCAUUUUCGAUCCUCUGGUACAAUUCUCGCCAAUUUGUCUUUGCCACACUGUAUAAACGGUGUUGGACUUUUCAGAGGAAUGGCUAUGACAAGUGAAAUCCAGUCUCAGUUAUCAAAGCGUAAUGCUGUUACACUUGGUGGUAAUUUAGGAGUGAAUGGAAAUGAAGGUCAUGGAGCUGCUACUGCUUUAUUUAGCCAUCAACUCUCAGAAGUUUCGUCUUUAGAAUUUGUGGCUUCAGUCGGUUUACGUGCACUUAUUGGGGUGCAAACGUCUCGUAAUCUAUCAUCACACUCAGCUGCAACUAUGAGCAUAGAAAUGUCUUUGAGAGAUGGUUCAUUGAAUCUUUCAAAUUUAUGGACCCGCCAAUUGUCAGAAACAGCAAGAGGACAUAUACAGCUUACUUUGGGAUCACAGUCAUCUAUAGCUGUAGGGUGGCAAAAGAAAGAUGAGAGAAGGCUUGCCUCUGGAGAAGUGAAGUUUGGCACAGGUUCUUUUCAUACAUCAGUUAAUUAUACACAUCGUUUUUCUCCUAAAUCUCAUGGUUGCAUUGCUGGAAGAGUUGGGAGUUCUUCCCUUGAGAUUGAAGUUGGUGGUGGGAGGAAAUUAUCAAAAUUUAGCACUGUGCGCUGGUUGUAUAUAAUAGGAAUUCAGGGUAUUUCCUGGAAACUUGAACUCUAUCGUGGGGGUCAGAGGUUAAUUAUUCCUAUUUUGUUGACAAGGCAUUUGAACCCUGUAUUUGCUACUGGAGCAUUUGUUGUUCCCGCAUCUCUUUACUUCGUUUUGAAGAAAUUUCUUAUUAAACCAUAUUAUCUUAGGAGGAAUAAGCAGAAGGCUUUAGAGAAGGAAGAGAAAACUUCUGCUCAGGUUCAAGAAGCAAGGGCUGCAGCAGAGAAAGCGCAGAAAUUACAACAAAACGUGGCUCAAAGGAAAAAAAACAGGCAAUUAGAAACAGGUGGACUGGUUAUCAUGAAAGCGCUGUAUGGAAAUCAAAAAAUUUUGGGCAACUUAAAAUCGUCAAGUGAAACCAACUUAGAAUCAACAUCAGAAGUCAUCGAUGUUACAAUACCUCUGAAUUUUCUAGUUAGUGAUUCUGGCCGACUCAAGCUUCAUGAUGGUGUAAAAAAAUCAGGCAUCAUGGGCUUUUAUGAUCCAUGUCCAGGAGAACCUAAACAGUUGUAUGUAGAGUACGCUUAUGCUGGCAAUCAACACAAGGUUUGGGUUGGUGAUCACGAAGAGUUACAGAUACCUCAAGGCGGCCACAUGAUAUAAACGAUUAUUAUUUUAUACAGCAAUGCCAUCUUAACCUUUGCAGUUUUAUCUGCUUUAGAGGGAUGACAGUUGAAUCCGGACUCAAUGGUUACUCUAAAGUUGACUCGCAAUGAGUAGGAUGUUUACCCAUCAAAUGAAUCCGGGUACACGUAUGAGGAAUUACCCACAAAUUUGCGCGUAUGAGUGCGGUAUCAACACAUUUUUUAAAUUUUUUAUUUCUCUCUUAAUUUAUUACAUCCCAAGAGUGUAUCAUGUUGGCUGCGGCGUUGCACUAUAUUGCAUUGACCCUGCUGUUGUAUCCUGAUUUAUUACUCUGGGCAACAGUCGUAGAAGUCUUAAUACGAGGUUUGUUCUUUUUUAAGUUUUCAUUUGGGUCUAUGCCAAGAUAAUAAUACACUAGUAAUGAUAUUAACAAUCGAGGAAAAAUGGUUGAG